GAACACACACACCAAGAAAUCGACAUCAAGGGAAAAACAUUACAUUGGAUGACAGUUUCAGCUCUACAUUAUUAGCUGAUUUUGACCCAUUUCCCGGUGGUUGUAUCAUGCCAUCGAGUAUACGUUACCAGCCAGUGCCAUUAUCAGAGGAGGACAGUGAGAGUAUGUCUGGAGCCACUCCCAACCCGAGGCAGGAGGAGGCAGCUGGACUGAGUGCUGCUCCGCCACCGUACAGUGUGGAAGACUCGAACGAUGGGGCCACAUCUUCGACCCCCCCGGAAAUAACGCCCCCAAAGCCAGACAUGUAUGCUCCUCCCCCUUAUGAGGAGUGCGAUGGCGACGAAGACUUCACAAGCUCCAUGACAGCUCCUCUGACCAGCGAGUCGAGUGAGGUGCAGCCACCCAGUUAUGAGGAGGUCCAGCGACUCAAGGCUAUGGAAGCAGCUGAGGAUUUCCCCCCACCUCAUUGUCAGGGAGGAGCGGCCUUGGGUGGCCCGGGGGGUGGCAGCAGUGGCAGUGGGAUGCGGGUGUUCCGCAUCUCCUCCCUCGGGGGACUGGACCCAGAGACAGCAGAGAUUGCUGAGGAACAGCUUCUUGGGACAGAUUUCAUGUUCUUUGUAGCCUUUGCAGCUGCUUUUGUGUUCAACUGGGUGGGCUUUGUACUUCUCUUGUGUUUCUGUCAUACUGUUGCUGGUCGCACCGGGGCACUUGCUGGCUUCGGGCUGUCCCUGGCCAAGUGGGCAGUGAUUGUACGACACUCGACAGACCUGGUAGCAGACUCUAACACCUGGCUCCUGUGGCUGAUCAUGGCCCUGGGAAUGUUGAUCUGUAUGCGUGCCAUCCUGCAGUACAUCCACGCCAAGCGGGAGUGGCACCAGGUCCCCCACAACUCUCGUCAUCGUUUCUUCCUCUUCUACUGAGACAAGAUGUAACAAAGAAUGGCCUAUAUCACCUCUUUCUUUGAGUAGUCCGGCACCUCCCUUCAGAUUUUUUAUGGUGGCAAGAAAUGAUCAGA